AUAUUAAAAUUAUCGUUUGUUAUUUUAAAUAUAUGUCUAUCGAUAUACUAGUAUAAUCCGAAAUUAUCAAACACUAGUUAUAGUGAAGACAAUGAAAACGCAAAUAAAUAAAUAGCCAAACAAUAACAAGCAAAAUAUAUAUAUACAUAUAUAACACAUAUGUAAGCUGAGGAAAAUGCCCGAAAAUGCAUUACCAGAACAAAUUCGCACCACUUUGGGAGGCUGCACUUUUGGACAACGCCGAGAGGAUAUUUUUCGACGAUUACAGCAAACUGCGCAACAAACAAGUGAAACCUACAGUGGAAAACGCGAGCUAGCAACGGAAAAGGAUGAUGUCGUGCAGGAAUUGUGUGAAGCAUUGGAGGAAACCCUUGCGUAUGGCCUACGACAGACGUUAAAUGUCACAAUGACGGCAGCGAGUAUCUUUCAAAAUAUGCAUGAGAUCGUAACAGGUGGCAGUGGCAGCAGCAGCAACAGCAAUGAAACGACAUUCUGGGAUUUCUGUGAAACGCAGUUGACUCCACACGAAAAGCAGCGUUACGAGGGACUCAAGCAGAUCUGGACGAAACAUGGACGCGGCCGCGCUUUUAUUCGUGCCACACUCAAUGAAAAGCGUCUGAUGAGUCAUGUUCUUACUUGGCUAAGUGACGAAUCGCAACUGCAACGCUUCUAUACACCCUGGUCGUUGUUGCUUAACGAGGAGGCGGCCAAGAAAUUGCCCGAAAUACUAGAAAGUCUCAAGGAUGUGCUCUUUGCUCUGAAUGUUGAAAAUCCUGAACUUAAUGCGUCAAAACGUUUUGCCGUGCAAGGAGUGGGGAUUGUCAAAGAGGAGCCAAUCAUCUAUGCACCACAACCCGUACCUGUGGCAGUACGCAAGCAAGGACGCUUAUCAAAUGCUGUGAAGCGACCGAUUGUGUGCGCCAACUCAACGGAGGAUUUAUUGGGCGCACUUACUCCUAGAGAAAUGCUGGAAGUACAGCAAAUAACAUCAAAAGAUGCAGUUGAGGAGGAAUUGAAGCAAUCGAUGCCAGCAGAACCCAUUUGUACAACCCCAUGUGAUCCAAUAGAACCGGAAUUGGAGUUUCUUAAAAUUCCAUUGCCCGAUGUGCAUCCAAUUGGCCAAGAUCAGGAAAGUGAACAAGAAUCUCAAGAGCUCUUUGAGGAUCACAGCGACACUUCCUCGCAGUGGAGCAAAUCUUCAUCAUCAGCCAAUGGCGCCAGCAGUCAACAGACCACGCAACUGGCAGAGCAGGUUACCCAGCUAAACGAACGCUGUGCACUGCUAGAAACACGCGUGGCUGAACUGAAGUUACAGAAUCGACAACUGAUUCGUCGGCUCACUAAGCAGUUCAACGAGACGGGCAUAGAUCCCAAUUCGUCGUUUUGUUCCAACUUUCUGAUUACCAUUCCACAAGUGAAACUUGUUAAGACACCCCGUUCGGGCUCGCAUUACGUUUACGAGAUGCAUAUUACUAUGCGCCAGAGGCUGGAGCAUUGGACACUGUUUCGUCGUUAUAGCGAAUUUAACAAGCUACACAAAUCUUUGCUCCGUACACAUCCCAAAAGAAUUAACUCCAUCGAGUUUCCCCCCAAAAAGCAUUUUGGAAACAUGAAUCUCGUCUUUGUGGAGGAGCGAAGACAGCAACUACAAAUCUAUAUGUUAAAUGUUAUGGAGGCGUUACCGCAGGUGGAGGCGUGCAAGUCGAAAGCGGAAUUACAAAAAGUGUUUCCAUUUUUUCGCGAGCGAUAGUAUUACUAUCAAGGCAGCAGAGCCAAAAACAACUCUGGACCAACAACUUAAGAAGUUAAAAGUAUUUUUCACUCGUUAAGUUAAUUCUGUUAUAUUUAUUCAAAUGUUUAUUUACAUGUAUAAAAGAGGAGCUGAGUUUGUGAACAGCUACAAAAUGCUGCAGAAAAAUGAUAUUAAAUAAAAUUUUUAAAUAGUAAUAAACAUAUUAAAAACA